AUGAGCAGUAAUAUAUAUGCUUUUGUUAUACAAAAUAAAAAAGGAGAAACUAUGUUAGCUGUCCCAAAUAAUGCCUUCCGUACUGAUAAGGCUCUUUAUUUAGCAGAUAGAGUAUAUGAUAAAGUCAUAUUGCAAUUUAAAUCAAAUUCCAAAGUAGAUCGCCAUUUUAUAAUAGACCAUAAUAUAGCAGGUAUUAUAUACAUAACAGACUAGUUUAUUUUCUAAUUGUUCAUAAGCUCUGCUCAUAUCGCAGUAGGGUAUGAUUUAAUCAAAAAGCUAGUAAAUGCUUUCAAUGCUUGCAAAGUGUUAGAUGCUUCAAACAUGGAAAAAAAAAUUUUUGAGGUUUACUUUAUGCUACAUCAAAGCAUCUACUAAAAGUUUAUAGAUCACAAGCUCUUUAAUAUCAAUUUUAAGAAUUAGUAUAUUAAGAAUGCUAUAGAAGACAAGUUAUGCGAUAAAGAUGUGAUAAAAACGAGGUUUGGUUCUAUGCAAUAAUAGCAAAUAGGUUCUACACUUUCAUCAAAAAUAUUUGAAGAAAGAGAUGCAAUUUCAGUUAUUCCAUACAAAUAUGCCAAAAAAUACUACAAUAAUACAAAAACCAAUUAAUUUUUGUAGUCAUUUAACAAUAAAAUCGAGAUACCAACAGCGGUAUUUAACUAAAAUAAUCAUGAAUCAAAAAGGGAAGCUAUUAGAAACAAGCUUUAUACCUUUGCCUUCUAAAUGAAAGUAAAGAGUGCUUGCUCAUAAAGCGAUUCAACUAGAAUGUCUUAUCCUCUCAACAAAAGUAAUUUAAAGUUUAUAGAUAAACUAAAACCCAAAAUAUAAAGCUUUAGCAGUUAAUAAAUGUAGUUGUUAAAAUAAAAAUAUGGCAAUAAAAUUAAUCACCAAAUAAUAUAGGAAAACAUAGAAAAUUAGUUUAAUGGUAUAUAGUUUAUUUAAAAUGAUAAAAAUGUAAAAAGUGAUAAUAAUCGUUCUAAUGGUAAAACUAAUAUAGAUUCAAAUAAGCAAUAACUAGCAUCAUAAAGUAAAGAUAAAAAUUAAAUAAAUCCAGUAUUUGUUAACAACACUAACGUUAAUAACAAUAAUAUUAACUAAUAAUAAUAAUAAAAUGGAUUGUAACAUAAUAAUUUAGUUUAAUCUGAAAAUAAACAGUAAAAAAUCCCCAUUUAAUAAAUGCAAUAGCAAUUACAAUCAUAGUCUAAUAAGCAUGAAGAUUUAUUAGAUUUUGACUUUCAUGAUCAACUAAAUGAUAACAGCAACAAAGAAGAUAGCUCUUAGCAUAAAAACUAAUAAAUAUAAUUUUUUUCUAAUUAAUAAAAUAAUUUCAUUAAUUUCCCAAAUUAAUAACAGUAGGAAAUAGAUUUAAUUUGA